AUGUGGCUCUUGGAGAAAGCCGGCUAUCGGCUGGGGCCCCCAGAGUCCAGGCCCCGAUGGGCGCCGUCCAGCCUGUUCCCUAAGCGCCGAGCCCCGGGCCCGCCCGCGCGCGCCUGCCCCAACGUCCUCACUCCCGAUCGCAUCCCGCAGUUCUGCAUCCCGCCUCGGCUCCCGGACGUCGGGGGAGCCGAGCCCCCUGCCGGGCGCAGCCUCCCCGCGGCCUGUUCGCUGCCGCACCUGGCAGGCCGCGAAGGCUGGGCCUUCCUGCCCGAGAGCCCGCACACGCGCCGGCGCGAGUCCCUGUUCCACCCGCCGCCGCCGCCCCCCGCCCUCGCCCCUGCCCGGGGGCUUUCCCCAGCGCACGCCCGGCUGCACGUGUCCGCCCCGGACCUGCGCCUCUGCCGGGCCGCUGACAGCGACACGGCCUCGUCGCCCGAGUCGUCGCCCUUCGGUUCGCCGCGGCCUGGCCCCGGCCGGCCCCGGCCGCACUCGCUGUCCCCCGAGGAGGCGAGCUCGGCCGACACCAGCCCGCACGCGCCGCGCCGCGCGGGGCCGCCCGGGCCGCCGCUCUUCCACCUGGACUUCCUGUGUUGCCAGCUGCGACCGACCAAGGAGAGCGUGCUGCGCCUCGCGCCCCGCGGCGGCCAGCUGCGGCUCUCCGCCGACUACCAGGCCGGGCCCGGGCGGCUGCGCCUGCGCCUGGUGAGCGCCGAGGGCCUGCCGCGGUCGCCCUCCGGCCCCGGGAGCGGCGGCGGCGGCUGCUGCGUGGUGCUGAGGCUGCGGCCGCGCGUCCGGUCACGGGGCCAACGGAGCCGCGUGGUCAAAUGCAGCGCCAAUCCCAUCUUCAACGAGGACUUCUUCUUCGACGGGCUGGGCCCGCUGGAUCUGGCCGCCCGCAGUCUGAGGGCCAAGGUGCUGGACAGGGGCGCGGGCUUCCGCAGAGACGGGCUGCUGGGGGAGUGUGAGAUGCCCCUCAUUGACCUGCUGCCCCCCUUGGGUGGGGGGCUAGGUCCGGGGACCUCCCUGGCGCCUGCCCAUCUCAGCCUAUAG